ACAUUUUCCACUUGGCUGAGCAGUUGGGAACACAACACAGCCUGAAACUGUUGAAGUGUGGCGCCUGUGUGAAGCGAUUUUAUUUCAGUGCAAACUUGCAACAGCACCAGGAGCAGCACAUGGGAGAGAAACCCUUCAGAAGCAGCAUGGACAGGGACUCGUUUGUAAAGAGCUGCAGAUUCCAUAUGUCAGGGAACCCCUUUCCCUGGGGGAAGGUUGAGGAGGACUUCCUCGCCAGCAUUGGACAUCUCCAACAACAGGCCACUCACACCAGGGAGAAGCCAAAGGAACUCGCCCAGUGCGAGGCCACUUUACCAAGCAGAAGUCAUUACACCUGGGGAGAAUACGAUAAAGCCUUCAGCCCUAAAGGCACGCUUAUUCAAUUCCAGGGUGUUCACAGUGGAAGACAGUGUUUUGUGUGCCAUGAGUGUGGGAGAACAUUCAGGUACAAAUCCUCAUUUGUUGUGCACCAGAGAGUCCACACAGGAGAAAGGCUUCAUGUGUGUCAAGAAUGUGGCAAAUCUUUUAGGCAAAGCUCAACCCUGAAUCAGCAUCGAAGAAUUCAUGCUGGGACAAGGCUGUGCAAAUGCAGCAAAUGUGGAAAAUCCUUAAGCCACCAAUCUGUCCUCAUUCAUCCCCAGAGAGGGCACAGUGGAGAAAACAGCUAUCUGUGCAGUGAUUGUGCAAAAUCUUUUAGCCGUAGGUUGGUGUUCAUUCAACACAGGAGAGUUCAAAUUGGAGGGAGGCCUUAUAAAUGUAGUGACUGUGUGAAAUCUUUUACCUCUAGCCCUGCCCUCAAUUAUCAUCGGAGAUCUCACAAAGGAGAUAGGCCUUAUGAGUGCGGUGAGUGUGGAAAAUAUUUUUUCUCUAGGUCUGUCCUCUGUUAUCAUCAGAGACUUCAUUCUGGAAAAAGGCCUCACAAGUGCAGUGAAUGUGGGAAAUGUUUUAUCUUUAGUUCCCAACUCCAUUAUCAUCAGAGAGUUCACAGUGGAGAAAAGCCUUACAAGUGUAGUGAAUGUGGGAAAUCUUUUAAGAAUAGGUGGAAGUUCAUUAUACACCACAGAGUUCACACUGGAGAAAGGCCUUAUGUGUGCAGUGAAUGUGGGAAGUCCUUUACCCAAGGAAAUCUCCUCACUAUACAUCUAAGAGUUCAUUCUGGAGAAAGGCCUUAUGAGUGCAGUGAAUGUGGGAAGUCCUUUACUCAAAGAAGUCACCUUACUAUACAUCUAAGAGUUCAUUCUGGAGAAAGACCUUAUGAGUGCAGUGAAUGUGGGAAAUCCUUUAUCCAAAAAAAGAACCUCAUUUUACAUCAGAGAG